GAGAGAGAGAGAGAGAAAGAGAGAGAACUGAAGCAGAAAGGUGUUGAGAAGCAGACAGACAGACGGACAGACUGUACAGGUAGCACCAUGAGACUGGUGUGUUUAGCCCUGGCGUGCCUGGGGGCGCUGUACAUGGCAGGGAGCGUGAGCAGCAUGUCCACCUGUAAGACUCUGGACCUGGAGCUGGUUAAGAAGAAACGCAUCGAGGCGAUCAGGGGACAGAUCCUCUCCAAGCUGAGGAUGCCCAAGGAGCCCAAGGAGGAGCAGUCAGGAGUGGGGACGGAGAUCCCUGUAGCGCUGCUCUCUCUCUAUAACAGCACCGUGGAGCUCAGUGAGGAGAAGCAACUGCAGCCACCGCCCACCACACACACUCAGGAGGAGGAGGAGUACUUCGCUAAGGAGGUCCACAAGUUUACCAUGAAGCAGGAUAAGAAUGUCACCAAGCACCAGAUGCUGUUUAACCUGAAUGAGAUGAGGUCCAGCGUUGGGGACUACCAUCUACUCUCCAGUGCUGAGCUCCGCCUGCUCAUCAAGACUACUAACAUCCCCGCUGGUCGUGAGCAGCGUCUGGAGCUCUAUAGGGGGCUGGACAACAGCAGACGAUACCUGGGAUCACGCUUCGUCACCAACAAGUUGAGCGACCGCUGGCUGUCUUUCGAUGUCACAGCAACCCUCAAGGAAUGGCUGAUGGGGACCGAGGAGGAGCAGGGCUUUGAGUUGAAGCUGUACUGUGAGUGUGGGGAAAAAAUGGAACCGUUCUCCUUCACUAUCUCGGGGUUGGACAGCGGGAUACGAGGCGACGUGGGUGGUCUGUCCAAGAACAUGCGGAAGCCUCAUAUCUUGGCCAUGUCCAUCCCCCAAAACUACAGCUCACACCUCACCUCCUCACGUAAGAAACGGGCCACCGUUACGGACGACACCUGCACAGAUAAAACAGAGAACUGUUGCGUGAGGAAGCUCUACAUCGACUUCAGGAAAGAUCUGGGCUGGAAGUGGAUCCACAAGCCAAAGGGUUACCAUGCCAACUACUGCAUGGGCUCAUGCACCUACAUCUGGAACGCUGAAAACAAAUACUCUCAGAUCCUAGCCCUGUACAAGCACCACAACCCUGGAGCGUCGGCCCAGCCGUGCUGUGUACCCCAGGUCCUGGAACCUCUGCCAAUCCUCUACUACGUAGGGAGACAACACAAGGUGGAACAGUUGUCCAACAUGAUUGUGGAGAGCUGUAAGUGCAGCUAGAAGACAGAGGUGGUGUCUUCCUCCAUCUCUGUAUUCUACCCCUCCCCUCACAUACACCCAUACCGAUUAGAGAUGGAGUGAUGAGAAAGAACUCAGAGAGGAAGAGGAGAGAGAAAGAAGGAUUGACUCUGGGAUGGAGGAGUGGAACAAGGGAUGAAAAGAUGAUCCGUGUGAUCCAUGACAGAACCAGCCUCCUCCAGAUGGACCAAGACCAGGACUACUGACAUUUCUGCUUUUACAUCCACUUUAUAUACUGGAUGAAUAUAGGCUUUCUUCAAAUAACACAUAUAUCUCAAGGAGUAAAUUAAUUUAUUUGUUACAUGUAGCAGAGCUGUAUAGCGUAGUACUGUAGACGCAUUGACGUGCAGUGGCUUGCUGGGUAGUGAUGGAGAGACUUUGGAGAGGGGGUGGGGGUUAUCGGACACCCCAGAAGAGGUACAGGAGGACUUCAUUGGACCCAGACAAGACCAAGAGGACCAGAAUGGAAUCCUUAAUUUAGGGUAACAAACUGUUUAGUAAGGAUGGGCCCAGGACUUGUUGUAACCUACAGUGCCUGUCCAGAACUCACUUGUGCCAGACAUUAGUACGAGGACACCACACGUUUGCACAAAAGCCAAAGGACCUUGUUUAUGUGGGUGUAUCAUUGGGCUGGACCAGUUGUUGCCCUAUCACAGAAGAGGUUGGAGAAGUCUUACUACAGCGGGACACAGAGACUGACUGGGACCUAAGGGAUACUGUUUACUCAGUGGCUGAGACACUGUUACUGGAUGACGUCCUCUAGAGACACUGUUACUGGAUGACGUCCUCUAGAGACACUGUUACUGGAUGACGUCCUCUAGAGACACUGUUACUGGAUGACGUCCUCUAGAGACACUGUUACUGGAUGACGUCCUCUAGAGACACUGUUACUGGAUGACGUCCUCUAGAGACACUGUUACUGGUCGAUGGCCUCCAGAGAGACUGUUACUGGUCGAUGGCCUCCAGAGACACUGUUACUGGUCGAUGGCCUCCAGAGAGACUGUUACUGGUCGAUGGCCUCCAGAGAGACUGUUACUGGUCGAUGGCCUCCAGAGAGACUGUUACUGGUCGAUGUCCUCCCUGGCUAGAGAGACUGUUACUGGUCGAUGGCCUCCAGAAGGACUGUUACUGGUCGAUGGCCUCCAGAAAGACUGUUACUGGUCGAUGGCCUCCAGAGAGACUGUUACUGGUCGAUGGCCUCCAGAAAGACUGUUACUGGUCGAUGGCCUCCAGAGAGACUGUUACUGGUCGAUGGCCUCCAGAAAGACUGUUACUGGUCGAUGGCCUCCAGAAAGACUGUUACUGGUCGAUGGCCUCCAGAGAGACUGUUACUGGUCGAUGGCCUCCAGAGAGACUGUUACUGGUCGAUGUCCUCCCUGGCUAGAGAGACUGUUACUGGUCGAAGGCCUCCAGAAAGACUGUUACUGGUCGAUGGCCUCCAGAAAGAUUGUUACUGGUCGAUGGCCUCCAGAAAGACUGUUACUGGUCGAUGGCCUCCAGAGAGACUGUUACUGGUCGAUGGCCUCCAGAGAGACUGUUACUGGUCGAUGUCCUCCCUGGCUAGAGAGACUGUUACUGGUCGAUGGCCUCCAGAGAGACUGUUACUGGUCGAUGUCCUCCCUGGCUAGAGAGACUGUUACUGGUCGAUGUCCUCCCUGGCUAGAGAGACUGUUACUGGUCGAUGUCCUCCCUGGCUAGAGAGACUGUUACUGGUCGAUGUCCUCCCUGGCUAGAGAGACUGUUACUGGUCGAUGUCCUCCCUGGCUAGUAGCUCGUAGCUCCAUGGUCCUUAAUGUUUCAUCUUUACCGUCCAUCACUUUCACCUGUUUAUUUAGCUUUAUUACCGCUAGUAUGUUAUUCUGUUAUUCUAUGUGCUCUCUGUCAGUGUGUUUCUGUUCCUGUGUCAUAGGUUGUUCAUCAUUCUGUCUGGCUUGUUGUAGCGUUGUGUGUGUGUAGCACAUGCUCUGUGCUGUCAGACGGAUGAGUAACAGUGCUAGUAUUAGUGGUGACACCAUGUCGUUGGUCCGCCCUGCUUUAUGAUAUGCUUGUUGUUUUAGAGGGAGACGGAAUGUGGUGGUGGCGGUGGUGGUGGGUUUAGAGGAAGCUGGGAGCACCAUGGACUGACUGUUCACACUGUUAAUGUGUUGUUGCUUCUCUUUGCUAUAAGUCAAUAUAGACAAUUUAUUGCUUCUAUUUAAAGAUAGUCACAUUUCUGCUUGUUGUUGUUGCCCAAAACACUCGUUUUUAUUUGUUGUUGUUGUUGUUGUUGUUGUUGUUGUUGUUCAGUGUGAUGUACUAUGCAUGUUCCAGUUCAUGUCAGAGAGGGGAAUCUACUUCUUUCUUCAUCUCACUUUAGAAUAAUUGCACUUAUUUUUAUCAGUCCUUUUUGUUUCACCGUAAAUAUCUUAACAACUUGAAAUAAAACAUUGAUGUUGUUCA